AUGGAGGAGCAGCAGCUCUGCUACAAGCUUGCCACUGGACCCAUCCCGCUGCAGUAUUUGGUCAAACCAAACCGUAAGCGCAGACGGCCUUCCCAGUCAGCCGCCGCAGGUAACUCGGACGGAGUGAACACGAGCCCUACGUCAGAGAGCGACUCCCACAGCGACAAAGCCCUGCACAGCCCCACGCCCGCAUCCACCCCCCGAGGGUCUUCACAGCAGCCUCCCAACCAGCCCCCCACAUCACAAAGCUCUGCCAACUGCAACUCCGCCGGCUCCAACUCCCAACGACACUCUAACUCCGCCAAACAGCCCGGCGGUGGCUCCAGGAAGGUGGCUGUAAACGGCACGAGUAGCGGAAAUAGCAAAGAAGACGGCAGAGGCGGCGAAAAGACUGGAGCCACGACUUAA